CCAUCCCGCACGCCCGCCGCUCGUCUCAAAACCACGGUCUCGCUUCCCACCGUAUCAGCUCGCCUUCCUCUCCGCGCGCACGCCGGUUUCGCGGUUUCUUGCAGCCUAUAAAUCCGGCCGGAGCACCCAGCUCUGCACCAUCCCAUUUCACACAACCGCUACUCAUCUUACCUGACACACUUCACUUCCUUCGGAUCUCGUGCCACCAAGCUCUGCUCCCGCCAAGAUGUCGACGGUGACCCGCGCCUACCUCGACCAGAGGCUCGCCGCUGCCAAGCGCUGCUCCAGAGAGGCUGCCAUGGCCGGAGCCAAGGCCGCGGCCGUCGCCACCGUCGCCGCCGCAGUCCCCACCCUGGCGAGCGUGAGGAUGCUGCCGUGGGCCAAGGCGAACCUCAACCCGACCGGGCAGGCGCUCAUCAUCUCCACGGUCGCCGGGAUGGCCUACUUCAUCGUCGCCGACAAGACCAUCCUGUCCAUGGCCAGGAAGCACUCCUUCGACGACGCGCCAGACCACCUCAAGAACACCUCCUUCCAGUAAUUACGCUAUAAUAGCUCCAUUAAUAGUGCGUAAUAAACCGUGUACGCCGGUCGGCCUGUACAUGUCUGCUGAUUCAGCUAGGGAGGCGAUCAGGCGAGGCUUGCAGACAGUGAGUGGUCUACUGCGCUUCUCUCCGAGCAAGCACUUAUCUGAUCAAGUAAUCAUCAUGUAUCCAACCAGUAAUUUUGAAUUCAUAAUGACUUGUAUUUGUACAA